GUGGACUAAAUCCCCAUGCAUUUCUACACAAAAUUGUUGUCAGAAAAUUAUUUUCGUGUUUACUGAUCUUGUGUAGGUCAAAGCUACUGAUCUUGGAUGCCACUUGGCCCGAGGAUGGCGCCGCCGCCGCCGCUCGCCGGCGUGGUGGUGGUCGCCGCCGCGGCCGCUGUCCUGCUCCUCUUGCCGAACGCCGCCGUGUCCCGCACCCUCCUCUCGCUCGACGACUUCGGCGCCGUCGGCGACGGCGUCGCCAACGACACCCAGGCCCUGGUGGACGCCUGGAGCGCCGCCUGCGCGACCGGCGACCGCACCUUCCUCCACGUCCCCGCCGUCAGGACCUACCUCAUCUGGCCGGUCACGCUCGCCGGACCCUGCAGGGAGGAGAUCAAGCUCUUCGUUUCUGGCACCAUCGUCGCGCCGGAGAGCCCCGACGACUGGCCCCACGGCGGCCGCGGCGAAUGGCUCCACUUCCACGGCGUCACCGACCUGGCGGUGACCGGCGGCGGCGUCAUCGACGGCCGCGGCCACCGGUGGUGGGCGCGCGCGUGCAAGACGAAGCACAGCGCGACCCAGAAUUGCACUGCCCAAGCUGCUCCAAAGGCUCUGCACUUCGAGAAUUGCCAGGGUAUCAGCGUGAAGGGGAUCACGCUGCAGAACAGCCAGCAGAGCCACCUGACUUUCACCCGGUGCUCCCACGUCAAGGCGAACUACCUGAGGAUCACCUCGCCGGAGGACAGCCCGGACACCACCGGAGUCCACGUCGUCAGCUCGCGCAAUGUUCAUAUCAUGGAUGACUUGAUCGCCACAGGUCAUGAUUGUGUCUCGAUUGUGGGCAAUUCCACGGAUGUGCGUCUCAGAGCCAUCUCUUGUGGACCUGGUCAUGGCAUAAGCAUUGGAGGCUUAGGCGAGAACAGAAGUUACCACAGAGUAGAAAAGAUCAAGAUGGACACCCUGUUCAUCUCCAACACUGAAAACGGCGUACGCGUCAAGACCAUUCAGGGUGGCUGCGGCACCGCCCGCAAGGUGAAGUUCGGCGACAUCUUGAUGAAGAACGUCAAGAACCCGAUCGUCAUCGACCAGCAGCACUCCUCCAGCAACGAGUUUCCCUGUACAUCCAAGAACGGAAGCUCGGUGACGGUGGGGGAGAUCAGCUACAUGGACAUCACCGGCACGUCGGCGUCGGAGCGGGCGGUGACGUUCGCGUGCAGCGACGCCGCGCCGUGCAGCAGGCUGUCGCUGGAGAACGUCAACAUCACCAUGGCCGGCGGGCGGAACGCGUCCGCCUACUGCCACCAGGCGUUCGGCAGGAGCAUCGGCGUCGUCGUCCCGGACUCGUGCCUCGCCAAGGAGGACUUCCUCCGGCUGCCAGUCGCCACCGCGGCCGGCCACCGGAGUGCCGGAGAAGAUGAUCGGUGAACCUGUGUGAAGACGCUAUGAUAACUUACUCAAAAAAAAAAAGACGCCAUGAUAAAUGAAAAUUUAGGUGAUUGUAUUGUAUACAAGUCUUUUUUACUUGUGUACUCAACCCUAUGAUGAAUGAAAAUUUAGGUGGGGAAGCUCCCCCGAAAAAUUAUUGAGAGACACUUCGCAGUUUAUAUAAAAAAAAAAACUC